CCUCUGCACGCGCAGCAACAGCCGAGCCCACGAAGAAGAAAAAGAAGAAGAAGAAGAAGAAGUAGUUUCUCUUUAGUUAUUUUCCUCCGAAGAACAAGUGCAGAAAGAGAGCGAGAGGAGGGCCAUGACACGCGACUAGAGAGUCGCCUUCGUGUAGUGGACCCUCGUUUUAUUCACCGAGAUGAACACAGACGUGAAGCUCGCGCUGCUGGUCCUCGCGCUGUGCGUCGCGGUGCAGCGGUCCGACUCUGCGGCCUGCCAUGGCUGCGUGGGAUCUAAAUGUGACUGCAGCGGAGUGAAAGGAGGCAAGGGUGAACGGGGUUUCCCCGGUCUCACCGGACAGCCAGGGGUCCCGGGCUUCCCCGGACCUGAGGGGCCCAUCGGGGGCAGAGGAGAGAAGGGAAGUGACGGGCCUCAUGGACUUUACGGUCCUAAAGGAAUCAGAGGGCCCUCCGGGUUGCCAGGAUUUCCAGGAACGCCAGGACUUCCAGGUCUGCCCGGGCAGGACGGACCGUCGGGCCCGAGAGGCGUUGCAGGGUGCAACGGGACAAAGGGUGAAAGCGGUUUCCCAGGAAAUUCAGGAAUUCCCGGACAGCAAGGACGAUCGGGACCACCGGGUCUGCCAGGACAAAAGGGCGACCCGGGCGACGUGAUCUCCACCAAUCGCUUUGGAGAGAACGGAGCGGUGGGCCUUCCCGGACUGCCCGGCGUUUCUGGGUCUCCGGGACCCGCCGGUCUGCAGGGUCCCCUCGGGCCUCCGGGUCUCCAAGGCUACGAGGGUCGCUCGGGGUCUCCAGGUCUUCCCGGACCAAAGGGCAACAUGGGGUUGAACUUCCAAGGGCCCAAAGGAGUGAAGGGGGACGAGGGUCUAGCAGGACCUCCUGGUCCUCCGGGUCAAGUCGGAGAACAGAAGCGAUCCCCGGAGACGGAGAUCCAGAGAGGAGACAAGGGCGACCCGGGGAUCCCCGGUUCCCACGGCGACAGCGGCUACCCAGGACCCCCCGGUCCCUCUGGAGGCCACAAAGGAAACAAGGGAGAGCCAGGUGAAGCGGGAAAACGAGGCAAGUCAGGCAAAGAUGGCGACCCCGGCUCUUCAGGCUUCCCCGGAGGCAAAGGAGUCUCCGGCCUGCCGGGUCCUCCGGGCCGAGACGGCGACAGAGGUCUCAAUGGGGACCGCGGGUACCCCGGCCCACCAGGAGUGGUGCUCGGCGGGCAGACGGGAGGUCUGAUCGGCCCCAAAGGGGAGUCCGGCUUCCCCGGGUCCCCCGGGAUCAAAGGAGACCGAGGACCCACCGGUCUAUCCGGACCUCCGGGCGCCCCGGGAUUCUCGGGCGGCGGUGGCGGCGGCGGUCAGCCCGGAUCUCCGGGCUUCCCGGGAGACAGGGGUCAGAAGGGGGACCUCGGUGCUCCGGGUCUGUCUCUGCCGGGUCAGCCGGGUCGCUCGGGGUCUCCCGGUUCCCAGGGCCCGCCGGGGCUCCCCGGACCCCCGGGCUUCUCCACCGGCGGACAGAACUGCGUCUCCGGCGGGCCCGGGCGUCCCGGCGUGCAGGGAGAGCGAGGCUACCAAGGAGGCUCCGGCCACAAGGGUGAAAAAGGCACCACCUGUGUGAACUGCUUCGGAGACACCACCGGCAUCUCUGGACCCGCCGGGCCCGCCGGGCAGCCCGGUUUCCCUGGAUCUCCGGGCUCCACAGGCAUCAAAGGAGAUCGGGGCUACCCGGGAACGCCGGCCACCGUGGGACCGUCCGGUCCCUCCGGUCCUCCGGGUUCUCCGGGAUUCCCCGGCGAGAAGGGAGAGCCGGGCGACGCCCUCACGGUCAGCGGCGUGCGGGGCGGGAAGGGCGACACCGGUUUCCCCGGAGGUCCCGGUCUGCCCGGUCUGGACGGGCAACCCGGUCGCGACGGACAGCCCGGAUCCUCCGGAGCCAAAGGAACACCCGGCUCGCAGCUGGUCAAAGGAGAACGAGGAAUCCCCGGUGAGAACGGUUCCCCGGGUAACCCUGGAGACCGUGGUUCUCCGGGAGGCCCUGGCUUUGGACCUGGGGGGUCUUCGGGAGAGAAGGGGAUCCAGGGGGUCUCAGGAAGACCCGGAAGCUCCGGUGCAUCUGGUGCUAAAGGUGAACCGGGCCUGGCGGUGGCUGAGAAAGGUUUACCGGGACCCAGAGGACUGGACGGCUCGUCGGGACUCCCCGGAUCACCGGGUACAUCGGGUGGACCCGGACAGAACGGCUUCCCUGGCUUGCCGGGAACAAAGGGGGACCCUGGAUUCCCAGGCAUCGGACUACCGGGACCCCCGGGGGUCAAAGGAUUCCCAGGUACCCACGGCCAGCCAGGAUCUCCUGCAGGACCAGGAAGACCGGGAGUCGAUGGACUCCCCGGCCAGCCCGGAUUUCCUGGAUCCAAGGGCGAGCCCGGCUUUGGACUUCCCGGCCCCGCAGGUAUACCGGGAGUACCCGGAGGUAAAGGUUUCACCGGACCAAAGGGAGACCCUGGCUUCUCCGGCGGUCCCGGUUCACCUGGGCGCUCUGGAUUCGAUGGAUCUCCGGGAUCUAAAGGUGACUCCGGUACACCGGGUAUCCCCGGAGCUCGGGGCCCAUCUGGAACCCCCACCUCUGGCUCACUGGGGCAGCCAGGCUCCCCUGGACUCCCUGGCCCACUUGGACCACCAGGGUUCCCUGGAUCAAACGGAGGGAAGGGAGACCCCGGCCCUCCAGGUCAAGACAUCCCCGGUCUGCCGGGGGACAGAGGGAGUCCCGGUUUCCCCGGUUCCUCUGGAUCGGUCGGUACGCCAGGACCUCCUGGAGGAUCUGGGCGGGACGGCCUGCCUGGACUGCCAGGUCAGAAAGGAGACCACGGUCCCUUGGGAACCCCAGGACCUUCUGGAGGCCCAGGGGGCCCCGGCGGACCCGGCGCUUCCGGCUUUAAAGGUGAUCCUGGAUUCCAAGGCAGGGACGGCAAUCCUGGCGGUCCGGGUUUCAAAGGAGACAGGGGUGAGGCCGGCCUCCAGGGACCCCCAGGGACCAGCGAUCCACCAUUGCUUACAAAAGGAACCAAAGGAGAUCCUGGAUUACCAGGUGCUCCAGGUCUUUCCGGUCAGAAAGGCAUCCCCGGUCUCUCCGGUGACCCCGGACUGUCAGGGUCCGAUGGACGUCCUGGACUUCCCGGACCACCGGGGCCCAAGGGAGAUCCUGGUCUCUCAGGCGGCCCAGGAGGUCCUGGAGGUCCAGGAGGAAAAGGCGGCAUGGGAGAAAUGGGUUUCCCAGGACCAUCGGGGCAGAAGGGUCUCCCGGGUCAGUCCGGUAGGUCAGGCUCUCCAGGACAGCCGGGAGGACCUGGUUUCCCCGGAGCCAAAGGUGAACCAGGCUCUGCUGGAGUCGGACCACCCGGACUAUCUGGACAUAAGGGUGAACCAGGUCAGUCAGGGUUUCCUGGAAGUUCAGGACUUAAAGGAACACCAGGAUCACCCGGUCUCCCAGGUAUCUCAGGAGGGCAGGGUCAUAAGGGCGACCUCGGACUCCCAGGAUUCCAAGGUUCUCCAGGUAUCCCCGGUCCUAAGGGUCUUGAUGGCGGGCCCGGUGGUCCAGGCCUCAAUGGAGGUCCCGGUAGACCAGGAGAAUCUGGCCGACCAGGAGGACCAGGGUUGCCAGGCGACAAGGGUCAGGCAGGUCGGGACGGGAUCCCGGGACCGUCUGGAAUCAAAGGAGACCCAGGUCUUCCCGGUUACGGCGGACCCGGUACUUCUGGGCUUCCAGGGUUGCCAGGGACGAAGGGAGACCCUGGUCUUCACGGCCCGUCUGGCAGCCCCGGUUUCCCUGGAAGCAAAGGAGAAGCCGGUUACCCCGGAUCCCCCGGUCCUUCAGGCAACGGCGGUCCUGCCGGACCUCAGGGACAUGCUCUGCAGGGACCCAAAGGACUCCACGGAACCCCCGGACCACCAGGAAGAGGAGGUUCCCCCGGACCACAGGGCCCCCGAGGCCCCGGAGGGAGCGGCGGCGUUCAGGGAGAAAAGGGGAUUCCUGGCACUCCUGGACAGCCGGGAUUCCUGGGACAGAAGGGAGAUAGUGGCGGUCCUGGAUUCCCAGGUCCCGGUGGUAUUCCCGGUGGUUCUGGUCUAAAGGGAGAUAACGGUCUGCCCGGCGUUCCUGGAUUCCCUGGAACGAAGGGAGACCCUGGACUCUCCGGCGGCAGCGGUCUUUCUGGAGAUCCCGGAGGUGUCGGAGCGACUGGCCCUCCCGGUAACCCCGGUGUGGCUCCGGCUCCCUUCGUGGUGAAGGGGGAGCGAGGACUCCCUGGUCCCCAGGGCCUGCCUGGCGGUCGUGGACUUCCUGGUUCUUCUGGGCGAGACGGACUCCUCGGUAACCCCGGUGACUCUGGGGCCUCCGGUCUGGAGGGUCCUCCGGGCUUCAGCGGCCCCUCCGGUCGGAAGGGAGACAACGGACCCGCCGGUCAGCCCGGUCAGCGGGGAUACCCCGGUCCCCCUGGUUCCGACGGUCCGCAGGGAAUUCCCGGUCCUCCAGGAUCCCUCUCCGCAGCCCACGGCUUCCUCAUCACCCGGCACAGCCAGGGUACGGAGGUGCCCUACUGCCCCGACGGAACCGGCCUCAUCUACGACGGAUACUCCCUGCUGUACGUGCAGGGCAACGAGAGAGCCCACGGACAGGACCUCGGCUCGGCCGGCAGCUGUCUGCGCAGGUUCAGCACCAUGCCCUUCAUGUUCUGCAACAUCAACAACGUCUGCAACUUCGCCUCCCGCAACGACUACUCCUACUGGCUGUCCACGCCGGAGCCCAUGCCCACGUCCAUGGCGCCCAUCACCGGAGAGGGCAUCAAGCCGUUCAUCAGCAGGUGCUCGGUGUGUGAAGCUCCGGCCAUGGUGAUCGCGGUCCACAGUCAGACCAUCCAGAUUCCCACUUGCCCUGCAAACUGGGAAGCCCUGUGGAUCGGAUACUCCUUCAUGAUGCACACCAGUGCGGGUGCGGAGGGCUCCGGCCAGGCGCUGGCCUCCCCCGGCUCCUGCCUGGAGGAGUUCCGCAGCGCCCCGUUCAUCGAGUGCCACGGCAGAGGCACCUGCAACUACUACGGCAACUCGUACAGCUUCUGGCUGGCCACCGUGGAGCCGUCCGAGAUGUUCAGGAAGCCCCAGUCGGAGACUCUCAAGGCGGGUAACCUCCGGACGCGCGUCAGCCGCUGCGUGGUCUGCAUGAAGAGGACGUAACGGCAACGACCGAUAACGGAGAGAUGUUCUGAUGACGGGGGACGAGUGGAGAGGGGGAGGAGGGGAGACGGAGAGGCAUUAAGAGGUUGAACGCCGAUGGUGCAUUGUCCUCCCGGAUACAUCUUCCAACUUUAAAACAAUGGUGCUACUGUGCAACACAGCUUUAAAAGAAAGAAAAAGAGAGAAAUAACUAAAAAAAAGAAAGACGUAAACAAAUCGUACAUUUAUUCUUUGUUUUUAAGAAGUACCUCAAAAGACAUCCACUUAAUAAACAACAACAGGUGCCACGCGAUGGAAGGGCAUUCUUCCAUUCUUUCCCUUCUUUCUGAUCGUUUCUCUUCUUUUAAAAACAACAUUUCUAGACAGAAGUGCUCCUUCCUUUUCCUUCGUUCUUCUUUUGGCGUUAUUGGCGAGGAGUGGAUCCCCGAGAUCGGCACUUUGACUUCGGAAACAUCCGAGAUGAGAGACGCACUGACGACGAGCUUCUCCUUCGCGAGACCGCCUUCUGUUUAAUCGUUCCCAGCUCUCCAUUCACACGCUCUGUCUCUCUGGCUCCGUCAUUCUUCCUGUCGUUUUUUAACGUUACAUUUGGUGGUACUAACCCUGCUGGAGCCCCGCCUUCUAACCGUAAAGCCCCAACACCUACUUCCUCUUUACCUUUUAUUUUUAUUUUGUAAGUAAUAAAAUGUGUAUAUUGUGUAAAACACCUUUUUUUUGUUCUUUGGUGUAGACGGUCCAGUAUCGGUACUGGCUGUUUGUUAUAAGACACAUUCUCCAGGUUCUCUUUUUGCACACACACACACACGCACACACACACACACACACACACACACGGAUGCGUUCACACACAGAUACACACAUUCAACGCUCACUGACACUCCACUCAAGAUAUUGUACAAAGUAAGGCUUUUAUUGAAUGAAACAGUAUUUUAUAGAGAAUAAAUAUAUAUUUGAAAAUAAAAAGAGGAUAAAAAGGUUAUAUGAACUUUAUUCGGCUGCGGGGAAUCGAUUGUUCGCUGUUUUCAAACAAAGGUUGCGCAUUUUCACCGAAAUUCUAAACGGAGCCCCGUUCCCUGAACCAUAAGUUGUAUGAUAUGAACGAUGUACUCGAUGUGUAGAAGAGAGUUAAAGGGGAUUUGCUUCAUAGGUAGUGAAUUAAUUGGGGGAACGUUCCAGAUAUUUGUGCAAACAUUUUUUAAAUAUGGAUUUUUGGCUCCUUGAUUAGAAAAAAACUUAUUUUUUUGUGUAUUUUUAUUUUAUUUUUACAUUUCCAGGUGCUGGGCUUUGCUUGUAAAACCAAUUUUAAAAAAUAAAAAGAGGGCCUGAGGUAUUUUUGGGCCCGUUUUGCACCCGAAAACCUUUAAAUUCACUUUCGCUGGCUUGAGUUUGUAUCCCAAAAAAAUAUUAAAUUAGCAACAGAUGUUUUGGGGGAGGGAGGGAAGAAUUUUAUUUUGUUUCCUUUGAUUUUAUGUUUUUUUUUUUUUUAACUGCUUUUAUUAAUUCUAAUUAUGUCAACCUGGGGUGUGCGAUUUAAAAAUUUGUAUUUUUUUUCUUUUUUUGUGUUUAUUUUACAUGUUAUGUUAUCCAGAAGUUGUUAUAAACUUUUAAGAUUGAAAUAAAUACUAUGUCCAAAAGUGA